UGUUCACUGAGCGCUCACAGCGAGAAUCUGGAAAACGUCUGCCUAUAGUGAAGUGAAAUGUCAAAACUUUCAGUAAAUAUUAUAUGUUUUAUAAAGAAAGAGAAGCAUUACAUCAAAAUUAAUAAUUGAUACUUCUUUCAAUUGUUGCUGAAGUAUUUAUUAACAAAAGUAAAUGAAGAAAAUUCGUUAUGAGGAUAUUUAACUGUAUCAUUUGUUUUUCGAUAUUUCUGACAUCAAUAAAUUGUAGUGAUAUCACUACUGCCGUAUUCGGAAAUGUAUUGGAUGGAAUGCCAGCUGCAUUUGGUGACUUUAAUUCUGAUGAACUUACAGAUGUGUUUGUAAUUCGAGAUAAUGGCAGGACCGUUCAAAUUAUGUUAGCUUCUGAUCAAGAACCACUUUUACGCUUAUCGAAAAAUCUUAGCUGUAGUUUUCGUAAUGAGCAAAUCACAAAUGUUGUACCUGGAGAUUUUGAUGGAGAUGUAUUCAUGGAUGUUUUAGUGACAACUUUAAAUGAGAAUGAUCAUCUGACAUAUGUAUACAUUUUAUGGGGCAGUAAUGGUGACUGGAGUUGCAGCAAUAUCUCAAAUCCAAUUAUAAAAAUAAAAGGUCAACCUUUAUCAAUUGAUUAUAACCAUGACAUGAUAAUUGAUUUAUUUGGUAUAGACAGUGACAACAAGAGAAUGUUUUGGACAUUUAAUAAGAACCGAACUCAGCCUACAGCUAUUGAAAUGAACAAUGCAGAUAGUCAUAAGUUAUCAGAAAUAAGUAGUCCUCAUUCUAAUGCAUUUCUAGAUAUUAAUAAUGAUUUUCAUCCCGAUCUUAUUUUAACCACAAAAAAAAAUUUUGAAGUUUGGUUAGGAAAUAAAUCUGAAGGCUUCUAUUUUGAUCAUAAAAUAAAUUACCCUUAUAAUUUUUCAAAAGAUCAUUUUCCUGGACACAUAGGUCAAUCUCUAUACAUUGAUGCAGAAUCGAUUGGAAGAAUUGAUCUUGUUUUACCUUUAUGUUUUGAUCCUUUGUGCAAAAACAGCACUAUUAUGAUAUAUUCAGAUGAAUGGUAUGAUUUGCAUAUUAAUUUCAAAGAUACUAAUAACAUUAUGUGGGGCUUUGUUCCUGAAAAGAAAGGUAUGUACACCGAAACUAUAACUCUUCGUGGUGGAGAUUUUAAUAUGGAUGGUUAUCCAGAUUUACUUGCUACUUUGGGUUCAAAUUCUCAACAUAGUCGAACAUUUUUAUUACUAAAUGUUCAUUGCAGCAAUUGUGGUAAAUUUAAACGAACAUUUGAAGUCCACUGGAAUGCAUUGAGUCCCUUUUAUAAUAACAGCAUUAUGGCUGUAUUUUAUGAUUUUUAUCAAGACGGAGUUCUAGAUGUUAUAUUCGUAACAAAUGAUAAUGUAAAAAAAGAAUAUCGCACAGCUGCUUUUAAAAACAGUCUUGACUAUGAUGCCAACUUUGUUAAAGUAAUGGUUCUUACUGGACUUACAAAUAGUAAGUAUCCAAUAUCACCGGGUACUUUAGGCAAAAAAAAAAGAACUUAUGGAACAAAUUUACCUGGCCCUUCUAUUGCCUACAAAACAACAACCCAAGAUGGAAAUCCACGAAACGGAAAAGCUGCACAGUUGCCACAAAGUGCAUACUAUUCAUUAAAUUUACCUUACACUACCUUUGGUUUAGGUAGAACUCCAAAUUUUGUCGAUUCUCUUAAAAUAGGGGUAAAUGGAGAAUCUCGAGAAUGGUUUCAAAUAAUUCCUAAUUCUCAAAUGGUUGUCAUUCCUAAUCCUAUUUCCGAACCUAGUAGAUGGAAAGCUCAACUUUUUGUGACACCUAGUAAACUGAUUUUGUUAAGUGCUGCAGCCUUGACUGGAACUUGUGGUUUAAUAACAGCAAUUAUUCUUAUUUUGUAUUGGAAGGAAAGACGAGAAGAUAAAAUUGAGAAACUUCAAGAGGCACAUAGAUUUCAUUUUGAUGCUAUGUAAAUAUUUAAUAUUAAGAUGUGAAUAAAUUAUUUAAUUAAAUAAUAAAAACAAAUGUUUAAAUUUGUUAUAUUUAUAAUUACAAAUGUUACUUAUUUUAUAAAACUCAAUUAUUCGAAUGUUUAAAGAAUAAAAUUUGUGAUUUUGCAUUUUUAUUUCUCUACAUUUUAUAAAAUAGAAUCUUGAGAGAACAAAAUUUUCAUCCUAAAUUUUUCUUUGAUUAAUUAUGUUUAUCAAAAUUACUGAUUGGAAGUUAUGUAUGUCAGAUUUAUUAAUGUUUUAUUUAUACCAAGAAAAGUUAUGAGGAACGAGAGUAUAUAAAAAUGAGAAUUACAAGUAAUGGAAUGGGUAAGGUGCGAAUUAGAAUGAUGAGUGUCAGCGUAGUAUCCAUUUUAUUAUAUUAUUUGUCGACUGAUACGGUGAAUGCUAUCAAAUAGCCACUUCUUAACAACUAUUUUGUGUAUAGUUUUAUUUAUAACCGCAAAAUUGUCAAAAACUUACUUCAUUAAAUUUUAUUUGUAGCGGUAACGAUUAAUUCGAUUUAGAAAUGUGUACGUGAUUGAAUGAGCGGAGAUGGAUUUUUAUGGAAAAUUGUAAUUUUUAUGAGUACAUGUGUAAAUACAUUCGCUAAAUUAAUUUAUAA